CAAAUGGCUAAGUUCUCAAAUACUCAACAGUGCAAACUACAAGAAAAUCUAUAAUUUAAAUUAAGGAAAGAAGCGUGUUACUAUAUAUUAACUGAAAAGCUGAAGUCAUGUUUUAAUAUAAACUAAUUAGGGAUCACAUUAAAUAACUUUCUAAUUCUUUUAGGUACAAAAUUUAUUUGCAGGUUGUAUUGCAAAGCAGCUUGAUAACAGUCUGCCAAAUCUCCGACGUUCCGUUCUUUCCUCUUGAGUUCAAAGUUGUGAAAGCGAAUUGCACCUUAUUCAAGGUGAACUGUGCGAGCUAGGAAUACAGGCAGAAAAGAAAGGCUGCCUACCAAGAAAAUGUCAUCGCGGCUAAGAAACAGUCUUGCACAGCAGUUUAAGAGGCCACAUAAAGGACUACUUGGUUGGUGUGUUUUGCAAUGGUUUAAAUAUAAAAAUGAAAUGCUGAAUAAGUGUGGACCACGUCUUUGCAACAUCAAGCCUGACCACAAAGUUCUGGAGAUAGGAUUUGGACCAGGGUUGGGGAUUGAGCAUGCUUUAGAAUAUGUGAAAGAUGGUCCUGGUAAAAUAUAUGGAGUUGAAGUAUCCACAUACAUGCUCGAUGCAGCAAGCAGACGCCUUAAAAACCCAAUAAGCAAUGACAAAGUACACCUGAGCCUAGCCAGUGUGAUCGACUUGCCAUUUGAUACUGACACCUUUGAUCGAGUUUUUCACUGUAACUCUUACUACUUUUGGCCAAGUUUGCCACAGUCUGUGAGUGAAUUGUAUAGAGUGAUGAAGCCUGGUGCUUGCAUGGUGGCAGUGUUAAGUUUGGACAAUAUCCGCUUGGCAAAGUCUAGGGGAUUUCUGAAGCAUGGAGACCCAGAUCCACUGAAGUACAUGUUUGCAUUGGAAGCAUCUGGGUUUGAGGAUGUCAAAUUUGAAUACUUUAUGGAAGGGAACUUCAAAUAUCAAGCCAUUUUUGCCCAUGUUCAUGAAAAACCAGCAUACCAUUUUGAUGAAGAGCUUGAAGAUUCAGAUUCAGAACUUGCCAAAGAUGAACACAGUGAGAUUCAGCAGAACAUUCAGCCAUCAAACAAGAAACCAUCGUCUUCCCAGUGAUGAAAUAUUUUCUGCCAAAUGUUAUUUGGUUUGGCUAGUAACUUAUACUUUUCAAAACACUAAAUGGUUUUGUGAGGUGUUUUUUGUUCACAUAAUUUAUAUGCUUACUGAAGUGUGAAUGACUAGACUAAGCUGAAUUUUAAUAAUACCUUGUGUAAAUGUGAAGGAAAUGGGAAUUGGUGUUUUGUUUUUUCAGCAUCUAAGGGUAUAUCAUGGCAGAGCAGCUAGCCCUGUAAACAGAUGUCACAUGCAGAGAAAGAACAGCAUGGCUGUGAUGAGAUUUGAACCUAGGACAGCCAAUUUUCACUGUUUUAGGUACAAGCCCAAACUGAUAUACCACCAGAUGUGCGUGUGUGUUGUGUGGGUGGAUAUGUGUGCACAUGUGUCCACCACUAAAGUAGAUGAUUGUGAUAAUUACAAAAUUUUAUAGCAUCUAAGAACUUACAAAAAGCAUAUUGCAUUCUUAGAAUACCUUGGACCUUGUUUACUUGCAUUUUCAGGAUGGUGUUAUUUUCAACAACUUUAUCCUAAUGGUUUCACACAUUAUGUACACCAUCAGAGGGGUUUAAAGCAGUGUUUCAUGAAAGAAAUCUCUGACAAGACAAAAUGUUCCUCAGAUAUAUGUCACAUAGUCAUGUGAUCCUUAUUAUCAGGAAGCAUUAGAACAUAUUCUAAUAAAAGAACUUGUUUACUGCUAGAACUGUUGGAAUCAAGGCCAAAUAUUCUUUGCUAAAACAAAUUAUAGAACAGUCACAGUGCAGUUUAAAAUUUUUUAAUCUUUAAAAAUGUGUGGGCGUUAGGAUGAUGGAAAGAAUAGAGCUAUGGUAGUUGAUGAAAAUUUUUCCAAUGAGUAACCAUUACUGCUUAAUAUUUCCACCAGGCUUUCUGAGGCAGACCAAAAUCACUCUGGACAUUUCAGGACAAUAUCUUUGAUGAAUGUAUCUAGAGGUGCUUUAUAAGCAUCAAGAUGUUUUCUAGGCAAACAGUAUUGUUCUUAAAACAAGGGAGUAGUAUUAAGGCAGGUCAGUCCAACAUCUUUGCAAAAUUUUCCAAAUGUGUAACAAAGGGGGACUGUUGCACAAUUAUUCAUUCCCCUCCUUUCCCAAAAGGAUGUGCUAUGUAGGAUGUAUUUUGUACUUAGUGAAUGCAGGUUCUUUCUCAGUAUCUGCACAUCUUGCUGCUGGGAGGACAUCACCCGCUAACAUCUGGAAGACCAUAUAUGGAAUGCUGUAGCAUGAAAAGUCUUGUAAAUUCAUGUUAAUCCUAUUGAUUUGUGAGAUGUGUACACACAUACCACGAAUGUAUACAAGUCUGUUUUUACAGGUCCAAAAAUAAAUGAAUUUAAUGACAAAAAGAAAUAAUAAAUCCUACUUCAACAAGUACAUAGGAACUGAAAUAGUGCACACAAAUAAUAUUUCACAAAUCCCUUUUUUUUCUUUUUAGCAAAAGUUUAUUUUCAAAAAUAAAUUGUAAAAACUUGUUCAAUGACAAUCUUAUUUACAUGGGAAAUAUACAAAUGAAGGAAUGUUCUAUGGUUACACUUGCAUUCAUAUAUAUAUAAAUGAGUCUGAUAUGCAGUUUGAAAUACAUGGCAAUUUUGAGAUUGUACAAAAAGAUGUUUACAAAGCAUUUGUUUAGCAGAAAGACAAAGGCUCGGAAUGUUCGUAGAUAAAAAGGUCAACAGCU